UGCUCCGGACGGAAGUGACAAGACCGGGACCGGGACCGACGGCGGUGGCGGCGGCAGCGAGGAAGUGUGAUUGCGACCGCGGCACGGAAGAACGGUGUUUUCCACGCGAAGAAGUUCAACGUGUCUGCGAAGAUGGAGAUCGAAGUCUUGUCGGCGAAAUCCUCGAAGCCGAUAGCCAACGUGAAUGUAAAUCUAAGCACCACGAUCGGCGAAGUGAAACAGCAGUUGUACAAAUUGAAAAAGGCGCCGUAUGUCCAGAGGCAGAGUCUGAGGUUGGAUGCCAAGGGGAAAGCAUUGGCUGACUCGGAGACGAUUAAAUCCCUGUCGCUGAAGGCUGAUGGAAAAUUGUACUACAAGGAUCUCGGGCCUCAGAUUGGUUGGAAGACUGUGUUCCUGCUGGAGUAUGCGGGACCUCUGGUGGUAUACCUCUGGCUGUACCAGCGACCUUGGUUGUUCUAUGGAAAUGUGGACAGCAAUCUUCACUAUGUAGCCCAUUGGGCGGCAGUCGCCUGGACGGCGCAUUACGCAAAGCGUCUCCUAGAGACCAUGUUUGUUCAUCGUUUCAGCCAUGCAACAAUGCCGUUGCGUAACCUGUUUAAAAAUUGCUCCUAUUAUUGGCUGUUCACUAUGUAUGUGGCGUAUCACACAAACCAUCCGCUGUAUACGGCUCCCUCCGCGCUCCAGGCUUAUAUCGGUGCGGCGGCGUUCACACUCUGCGAACUGGGCAAUCUCAGUAUUCAUUUGGCUCUGAGGAAUUUGAGACCGCCGGGUACGACGGUCAGGAAGGUACCAAUGCCGACCGAUAAUCCUUUCACCACGCUCUUCAAUCUUGUUUCCUGUCCCAAUUAUACAUACGAAAUAGGCAGUUGGCUCGCCUUCACUGUAAUGACGUCGUGUCUUCCAGCUGGUCUGUUUACGUUUGCUGGCGCAUACCAAAUGACCGUGUGGGCAUUGGGCAAGCACAGAGCGUAUAAAAAGGAGUUCUCGCAUUAUCCGAAAAACCGUAAAGCCAUCAUUCCGUUUAUUCUUUAAAUUAUAGCAUUUAUUUAAGGAAUAAUGUAUCGAUAAUUCCCGAUACUGCGUUAAUUUUGUUUUGUUGCUAUUUUUAUUUUUGAAAAUAUUAAUUAAUGGAUAUAUUUUGCCAUUUGCGGCAAACGUCAAACGGUGGUGUCAAUUUCCUAAUAACGAAAUUCGUUAAAUAAUAAGAUUUACGCAUACCUAUUUUUUAUUUUUAUACAAGUAUUAGGAUGGGGUUCAUUUUUUGGUUAUAAUAAAAUAUAUUACGAAUAUAGCGCUGUUGUGUAUCGCGCCUUUAUUUCUCUGAAUAAAUAUAUACAUAUAUAUACACUUACAUAUAUAAUUACAGCAUAGAAAGAACAUAAAUAUACACAAAAUUAUUUUUACUAUGUAUAAAAAAUAUAUUCAAAUAUUAAUUUGUCAAAGUUAAUUUGUAAAAGUCUACAAUGUUCAAAUUCCUAAGAAAACGAUUAAAUGUCACAAACUUA